AUGAAUGCGCAGAAUAUCGUUUCGGCUUUGAGUGAUUUAAUUGCAAAUAAUUCACCCGUUACACAACAGUCUCCGAUUACAUCACAGGAGCGACAAAUGCCCGAACAUCUGGCUGACACUGUUAAAUUAAUGACCAGUGGACAAAAAGAGGAAGAAUCCAUGCUGGAUGAGAAAGAAAGUGAAGAAAUGGAUGAAGAUUGGAAAGACAAAGAAUUAGCUUUAGAAAAAUAUCAUUUAAGAAGCUUUUCACAAGAGUUUAUGCGUCAAGUUAUCGAUUUUAUUGAUCAUGCAGGUCCGGGAAGUAAACAUGGGAGAUCUUGGAAAACCAUUCAUCACCGAUUUCGAAUAAUCCCAGACAGAAGUUAUAUUCCACAUUUUCGAAAAUAUUUGGAACAUCAUGGAACAAAGCGACAGAAGACUCAAGAUCUGGACAGUUUAGUUUACAAAAAGUUAGUUGAUGCAAGACAAAAGAAUCUCGUUGUUCAUGAUGUGGAUAUCCAGCGAUGGGGUUUAAAGAUCGCUAAAGAAAUAAAGCUCGACGAUUCUCAUGCUUCUCAUGGUCAAACAGGUGUCAAAAAAGAAUUACACUCAAAGCGUACUAUCUCUUCCGUUGGUGAAAAAAGGACUUUUGCAGCUGUUCAGUCGAAAAAUGCUACUACACACUCUUACACUUUGCAGCCAACUAUCUCAUUAGACGGACGGCUCUUAGAAACGAUUUAUUUAUGUUUGCAGAAGCAGGGAGGAAAAAUGGGAGAGCAAGUUAAGAGGCACUUGUUUCAGCCGAAAAAUGUCAUUAUAACCUGUUCGGCGUCGGGAAAACUUACUGCUUCACUGGUUAAAUAUUGGAGAGAUAACUAUUUUCUUUCAUUGGUUGAUGCUAAAUGUUUGCUGCUAUCAGACAGUUACCCAGGACAAAAUCGCGAAGAACUCUAUCAACCGGAAAAUUGCGGCGGUAAAAAGGUCACACGUUUACAAAUACCACAAAAUACAACUGACGAGCUACAGCCACUGGAUUGUUAUUUCAACAGACAAAUUAAAAGUUUCCUCAAAGCAUGUUAUCAUCGUGUAGCGUUGUAUGAACUAGAUAUACACUUACACGAACGAAAUAACAUCAUACGUUUAGGCAGUCUAAUGCACAAUCAAUUGAGCGCAGAUGUAUUUACGCCAAUGAAAAAAUACGCUUGGUUCUCCAGUGGCUUAAUGCGUGAAGAUCCUUCUCCAUUUGUCGGCGUUAAUCAAGUUUGCUUUGCAAGUUCAGAAACUCAUAUACAGUGUGAAGAAAAAGACUGCGAUGAGUCUGUUUUUAUAACUUGUGCUCGAUGUUCGAAGAAAUUGUGUUUUCAACACUUUUUUACCAGUUAUCAUUUCCAUUAA